AUGACUAUCCAUACGAAGCAUAUUAUUCGUGUUUGGGAUCAUUUCAUGACUCCUGAUGAAGAGGCUAAAGUGUUUGGUAUAAUCAAUGAAGUGAUUGAUGAGAGACCAUUGGAGUUGGUGAAAGAUGUUGUUGGAGAUGAAAUCAAAGAUAAAAGUUCGAGUUGA